UUAGUUCUGCUAUACUCACUGGAGUUUGGCUUUCAUCUCGCCUUUCUACAUUCCCAAAAUAGGGCCGUCUUCAUUUUAAAAAAUGCUUUCAAUUACGGAAGCCUAAGUAUUGUUACCCCGAUGGGCCUACUUACUGUCCAAACCCGAAAAAGUUAGGGUUCACUGUAUUCAUUUAAAAUCCAGUUUGGGAAGAUGUAAUCACCAGUGUUGACACACUCAUGAGCAUUAGUAACACAUGUAAUCACCAGUGUUGACAUACUCAUGAUACUCAGAUAAGGUUGAAUAGGGCCCAGUACUCAAAGAAAUCGUCAAAGGAGCAUCAUCGUGAUUAAGACCAGACUCAAGUAGGUUUUACUGUGACUCCCAUCACUAGCUCUGCCAUACUGGACUACUUAGGAAACUUCUUGUGCCUCCGUUUUAUACGUGAAAUAAGGAAAGAAUUUGAAAUCGUGCCCAGCACAAAAUUGAGCACUCAAUAAUUGACAUUUUUCAUGUAUUUAAAGUUACAGAGUGUCAGGUAUAUUUUUAAAGCAUUAUCUAAUGCAGUUCAGAAAUUUUAAAGACGCUUCAGACUUUCACAAAAGGUGGAGUGACUUGCCCAAGGCCACAAAACGAACUGGCAAUAGUUGUACCAUACAGGUUUCUUGAAUCCCAGGUCACUCUUAUUUUUGUGAAAAAUAUGGUGCUAUGGCACCAUAUUCUCAUUGCCUGUGUCUUGAAUAACUGAAGACGUUUUCACGCCAUAUGAAAGAUACUUAGCAUGCUGCAUUGAUUCCUUAUCAGAUUAAAUCUUUGCUUUUAAAGAGAAAUGAUUUUUAGCUCAUAGCGGUUCUUGAAAGUAAACACUCCAAGAUGAAGCUGCCCUUUCCCAUCAAAGGUUAGACACCCUAAAUCCAGAAAAAUCUUCAACGUUUAGGAGACCUGUUCACAGGUGGCUCUAGGUUCCAGUGAAGUGGCUGCAGCACAGCCUUCAGCAUCACUUGCCGCCUCUUCUGCUUGCAAGCUUGGUGGUGGACCUAGCGCGUCUCUGGUUGCUACGGCGAUUCACUGGCAGGCGUCAUCCGUCGCUAUGGCGCUCUGCACUGCGCAGCAUGGCUGCUCCCGAUUGGCUGAGGGGCCCCAGGAGGCGGAGGAAGAAUUGUCGGCAUUGGCCUGGCCAGCGCCGGUUGGUGGCCUGGAGGAGGAUUUGAUUGGAAAACCAACGGUGCCGCUGGCCGCCGCGUAACUCGAGGUUGAGGGGACCGCGAGUAGGCUGGAGGGAGGACGGGACGGGCUAAGACUGGACGGGACCCCUGGUCUGCAGCAGCAGGUGACAGCAGCAGGAACAAUGAGAAGGAGAUUGGCCUGAAGGAGGGACCGUCCCUCCGGCGCGAAAAGUCAGAAAUGGCCAAUGAAGCUUUUGGUUAUAAAAGGAAUGCGAUGUUAAUUCUGGGGCAUUGAUGUUUUACAAUGCCUGAUCAAGACAAAAAGGUGAAGACCACAGAAAAAUCAACUGAUAAAAAGCAGCAAGAAAUCACCACCAGGGACUAUUCAGAUCUCAAAAGACUUCGGUGCCUUUUGAACGUCCAAUCAAGCAAACAACAGCUUCCAGCCAUUAACUUCAAUAGUGCCCAAAAUAGCAUGCCGAAGUCUGAGCCCGCCAUCAGGGCGGGUGGACACAGAGUUCGGGGUCAGUGGCAUGAGUCCACAGAAGCUGUUGAACUUGAAAAUUUUAGUAUAAACUACAAGAAUGAGAGAAAUUUCAGCAAACAUCCUCAGCAUAAACUAUUUCAGGAGAUCUUUACCGCCUUGGUGAAAAAUAGACUCAUAUGCAGAGAGUGGGUUAAUCGAGCCCCAUCUAUUCAUUUUCUGAGAGUGUUAAUCUGUCUAAGGCUACUAAUGAGGGAUCCAUGUUAUCAGGAAAUACUCCAUAGCUUGGGUGGGAUUGAAAAGCUAGCUCAGUACAUGGAGAUUGUAGCCAAUGAGUACCUCAGCUAUGGAGAAGAGCAGCACACUGUGGACAAGCUGGUCAACAUAACAUAUAUCUUUCAAAAACUUGCUGCAGUCAAAGAUCAAAGAGAAUGGGUCACCACAAGUGGAGCCCACAAGACAUUAGUAAAUUUACUUGGUGCCCGAGAUACUAAUGUUCUCUUGGGUUCCCUUCUGGCUCUGGCUAGUUUAGCAGAAAGUCCAGAAUGUAGGGAGAAGAUAAGUGAACUCAACGUUGUAGAGAAUCUGUUGAUGAUUUUACAAGAAUACGACUUGCUUUCUAAAAGACUAACAGCGGAGCUGCUGCGCCUACUUUGUGCAGAGCCCCAGGUGAAAGAACAGGUGAAGCUCUACGAGGGGAUACCUGUCCUCCUUAGUCUGCUCCACUCCGACCACCUGAAGCUGCUCUGGAGUGUUGUCUGGAUUCUGGUACAGGUUUGUGAGGACCCUGAGACCAGCGUGGAAAUUCGCAUUUGGGGAGGCAUCAAACAGCUUCUUCAUAUUUUACGAGGAGACAGAAAUUUUGUUUCUGAUCGCUCCUCCAUCGGAAGCCUGUCCAGUGCAAAUGCUGCAGGCCGAAUUCAGCAGCUUCAUUUAUCAGAAGACUUGAGCCCUAGGGAAAUACAAGAAAAUACUUUCUCUCUUCAAGCAGCCUGCUGUGCUGCCCUCACUGAGCUGGUGCUCAGUGACACCAAUGCCCACCAGGUGGUUCAGGAAAAUGGUGUAUAUACAAUAGCAAAAUUAAUUUUACCAAAUAAGCAAAAGAAUGCAGCAAAAACUAAUCUCUUACAGUGUUAUGCUUUCAGAGCCUUGAGAUUUCUCUUCAGUAUGGAAAGAAACAGACCACUCUUUAAAAGACUUUUCCCCACAGACUUGUUUGAGAUCUUCAUUGACAUAGGACAUUAUGUACGUGAUAUCAGUGCUUAUGAAGAAUUGGUAUCCAAGUUGAAUUUAUUAGUGGAGGAUGAACUGAAGCAAAUUGCUGAAAAUAUUGAAAGCAUUAAUCAGAACAAAGCUCCUUCGAAAUAUAUAGGCAACUAUGCGAUUUUGGAUCAUCUUGGAAGUGGAGCUUUUGGCUGUGUUUACAAGGUUAGAAAGCGUAGUGGUCAAAAUCUUUUAGCAAUGAAAGAGGUCAAUUUACAUAACCCAGCAUUUGGAAAGGAUAAGAAAGAUCGAGACAGCAGCGUAAGGAAUAUUGUUUCUGAAUUAACAAUAAUUAAAGAGCAGCUUUAUCAUCCUAACGUUGUACGUUAUUACAAAACAUUUCUGGAAAAUGAUAGGUUGUACAUAGUUAUGGAGCUUAUAGAAGGAGCCCCGCUUGGAGAGCAUUUCAGUUCUUUGAAGGAAAAACAUCACCAUUUUACUGAAGAAAGACUAUGGAAAAUAUUUAUACAGCUGUGCUUAGCUCUUCGAUACUUACACAAGGAGAAGAGGAUUGUCCAUAGAGAUCUGACACCAAACAACAUUAUGUUGGGGGAUAAGGACAAAGUAACAGUUACUGACUUUGGCCUGGCAAAGCAAAAACAAGAAAACAGUAAACUCACGUCUGUUGUUGGAACAAUCCUGUAUUCUUGCCCCGAGGUACUGAAGAGUGAGCCGUACGGGGAGAAGGCUGAUGUCUGGGCAGCAGGCUGCAUCCUUUAUCAGAUGGCGACUUUGAAUCCCCCCUUCUACAGCACUAACAUGCUGUCCUUGGCUACAAAAAUAGUGGAGGCGGUAUAUGAACCAGUGCCAGAAGGUAUCUACUCUGAAAAAGUAGCAGACACCAUCGGCAGGUGCCUCACUCCUGAUGCAGAAGCUCGUCCAGAUAUUGUACAAGUCAGUUCGAUGAUAUCAGAUGUCAUGAUGAAAUAUUUAGACAACUUAUCUACAUCCCAGUUGUCCUUGGAGAAGAAGCUAGAACGGGAACGAAGACGCACACAAAGGUAUUUUAUGGAAGCCAACCGGAACGCCGUCACAUGUCACCAUGAGCUGGCUCUUCUAUCUCACGAGACCUUUGAGAAGGCAAGCUUGAGUAGCAGCAGCAGUGGGGCAGCCAGCCUGAAAAGUGAACUUUCAGAAAGUGCAGACCUGCCCCCUGAAGGCUUCCAGGCCUCCUAUGGUAAAGACGGAGACAGGGCCUGUGACGAAAUCCUGUCAGAUGAUAACUUCAACCUGGAAAAUACUGAGAAAGAUAUAUAUUCAGAGCUAGAUGAUGAAUUGGACAUUUCGGAUAACUCCAGCAGCUCCAGUUCAAGCCCUCUGAAAGAAUCUACAUUCAACAUUUUAAAGAGAAGUUUUAGUGCUUCAGGCGGAGAAAGACAAUCCCAAACAAGGGACUUCACUGGAGGAACAGGAUCAAGACCAAGACCAGCUUUGCUGCCUCUUGACCUGCUUCUGAAAGUGCCACCCCUCAUGCUCAGGGCCCACAUUAAGGAACUAGAGGCCGAGUUAGUGACAGGGUGGCAGUCCCAUAGCCUUCCUGCUGUGAUUCUUCGAAAUCUCAAAGACCAUGGGCCACAGAUGGACACAUUCUUGUGGCAAGCAUCAGCAGGAAUUGCUGUGUCCCAGAGGAAAGUACGUCAGAUCAGCGAUCCUAUUCAGCAGAUAUUAAUUCAGCUGCACAAAAUAAUCUAUAUCACACAGCUUCCUCCAGCUUUGCACCACAAUUUGAAAAGAAGGGUUAUAGAGAGAUUCAAGAAAUCCCUCUUCAGCCAGCAUAGUAACCCUUGUAAUUUGAAAUCUGAAAUUAAAAAGUUAUCUCAGGGAUCUCCAGAACCAAUUGAGCCCAACUUUUUCACAGCAGAUUACCAUUUAUUACAUCAUUCAUCCAGUGGAAACAGCCUGUCCCCAAAUGACCCGACAGGCUUACCAACCAGCUUUGAAUUGGAGGAAGGAAUAACAUAUGAACAGAUGCAGACUGUGAUUGAAGAAGUCCUUGAGGAAAGUGGCUAUUACAAUUUUACAUCCAACAGGUAUCAUUCCUAUCCAUGGGGCACCAAGAAUCACCCAAGCAAAAGAUGAAAAUGCUGCAUUUUGAGUGGACUUGGUUUUCUCAGUGAAGUUCAAGUUCUGGACUUCAGCCACUAUUGCAAGAUGCCCAAGGAUUGGGUGCUGCUAGAGGGUGUGGAAAAGACCAAGAUGCCAUGGGGCCUGCAGGACUUCUUUCUGGGGGUCCUGUGCUGGAGUAUAUGACAGCCGCAGUGCCUGAGGGCUUCAUUGCCAGAACAGAUUAUAUACAGAAUGUCAGAGCUGUCAGUGUGCUGCUGGGAGAAAAUGUCGCAAAAUUCAUCUUUGCGGGGGUGGGGGGAAACCCAAAAACAAACAAAAAAAUGUUCUUACAGAAUUUUCCUCAACAUUAAAAAAAAACUUGUCAUAUUUUUCAAAGGCA